AUGACGAGCUUAAUGUCUACUGCGGUGGUUGACAGUAUACCAACUUUAAUAGAGAAUGGAGACAGCGGACAUGAUAUGGAGAAUGACGACGUGGCGGCAUUUAGUGCUCAGGCUGUAGUGAAUGGAGACAGCGGACAUCAUACAGAGAAUGGCGACGUGGCGGCAUUUAGUGCCCAGGCUGUAGGGAAUGGAGACAGUGGACAUGAUAUGAAGAAUGACGACGUGGCGGCAUUUAGUGCCCAGGCUGUAGGGAAUGGAGACAGUGGACAUCAUACGGAGAAUGGCGACAUGGCGGCAUUUAGUGCCCAGGCUGUAGGGAAUGGAGACAGUGAAUCAAGCUUUUGGGAUAUCAUUGCCGAUUCUCACAUGAAACUAGAAAGCUACAAUGAUCAACCCUAUGACCAGGAAAUGAGUGAACCAAUAUCGAACUUCAUGCCCUCAGCCGCUGCUAUUAUGUCGGCAUCAAUGAACUUGGCGCACUCAUCCGUUCCAUCGACAAAUCUUGCGGUGUAUGAAGAUUUUGGGACGUUGCCAUCGUCACCUCUGCUGAUAGGCAACCAUCAACUGUUUUCCGGACUUGAUCCCAGCCAUUUCGUCAACUUCGGGUCUCGUCCGGACGGCGCUUCUUUCCGUACGAAGCCUGCCAUCGAUUCUAUUUUGUAUCGACUAAUGCUUUUGCCGUUCUGUGCAGUGCUCUCAAAGCCCAUUGUUCGUGAAGACGGUCUUUUACUCGUGGGCACAGAAGCCGUUGUGGAUCUUUCACAUUCAUUCGGCGACAAAAACAGAAUAUUCGUGACAAACUUUCUCAACUCACCUGGAAGUGCACAACCACCAGCCCACAUUCUGGUGGAACGGGAGGUUCGAGAUAUACAAUGGAUGGGCGCCCAAGCUGCCAUUCUGGCGAUCGGCAAAGAGAUCCAACUCAUCCACUUAGGCAGUGAAUCCUGCCGACUGCAAAAUCCAAUUAAUUCCGUGCACUCGGGUACUAUACGAGAGCUAGCUGUUUCGCCUACCAAGAGCUCAUACGUGCUGUCUGGUGGUUUCGACGAGACUGUCGUGUUGACGGAUCUCCGGAAUCACGGAGACCCUCAAGCGGCAGCAAUCAUUGGCAAAUUCGAUGCUAGUGACGUGGUGAGCAGCGUACGCUGGGCACCAUCGGAUUUUCAAUUGAGCUGGACCACUGAUGGAGGCGAUUUUCAAGUCGUAGACACCCGCGUUCGAUCACCACAGCUGCAACUACCUCUCUACAAGUUUCAGAACCUGGCUGCUUUUGGUGGCCUCUUCACACACGAAUACUUGAGCAGCUUCAACAUCGCCCUCGGGUUCGAGCGAGGUCACAUCGCCUUUGUGGAUAUCCGCAUGCCUCGUCAACAUUCUUGCACCUCGACGAUCGAGUCAAAGUUGACAAGCACUGGUGAAAUCCGACGUUCCAAGACUGACAAAAUCGCGAUAUUUGGUCGUGGCGGUUUCUCCACCGCCAAUAUCGAUGGAACAGCUAAUACCUUGGAGCAGAUUACCCUGCAACAGCAACGCACCCUUCCUUCGUACAAAACAAGCGGCGGAUUUUCCUAUGAAAGAGGAGUGUAUUUGGCUGUCUCUGACAACAUGAGCAUUGUAUCAGUGUACACGGAUGACACCAUCUUCGGGUCAUCGCCUCCAUUUAUUGACAGCUGUGGUGUCUGGUGA